CCAGAGAUAAAAUAACAAAUGGUUCAGAUUAACUCGACUGAUGCUUUCAUCGUGGGCGGAGCACGCACGCCCGUCGGAGCGUUCGGCGGCACCCUGGCCAAGCUCAGCGCCGUGCAGCUGGGCGUGGUGGCGCUCAAGGGAGCGCUGGCCAAGAGCGGCGUUGCAGCCAGCGAGGUCGAGGAGAUCUACCUGGGCAACGUGAUGAGCGCCAACCUGGGGCAGAACCCGGCGCGGCAGGUAGCGCUGGGGGCAGGCUGCGACGCAUCCAAGGUGGUGGGCACGACAGUCAACAAGGUGUGCGCGUCGGGCAUGAAGGCGGUGACUUUGGCCGCGCAGUCGAUCCGUCUGGGCGAUGCCCAUGUGGCGGUGGCUGUGGGCGCCGAGAGCAUGAGCAACGUGCCGUACUACAUGCCAUCGGCGCGGUUCGGCGGCAAAUUCGGCGCGCAGUCCCUGGUGGACGGUCUGGAGACCGACGGCUUGCUGGACGCCUACAACCACAAGGCCAUGGGGUAUGCGGCCGAGAGCACGGCGGCCGAGUACCAGGCGACGCGCGAGGACCAGGAUGAUUUCGCCGUGGCGUCGUACCAGAAGGCGAUCGAGGCGGCGGCCACGGGGCGGUUUGCCAACGAGAUUGUCGCGGUGGAGGUGCCGCAGGGCCGCGGGCGCCCGCCGGUGCAGGUGACGGCCGACGAGGAGCCGGCCAAGUUCAAUGCCGAGAAGCUGCGCAAGCUGCGCGCGGCCUUCCCGGGCCCCGACGGGUCGGGAUCGGUGACUGCCGGCAACGCGUCGUCGCUGUCGGACGGCGCCGCCGCCCUGGUGGUGGUGUCGGGCGUGUACCUGCAGAAGCUGGUGGACAGCGGUGCUGUGGAUCUGGCGGUGCAGCCGGUGUUCCGCGUGGCCGCGUCGGGCGAGGCCGAGCAGGCGCCCGAGCGCUUCACGACCUCCCCGGCGCCGGCCGUGCGCAAGGCCCUGGCGAAGGCGACCGCCGGCGCUAGCGACAAGGAGGGUGCGAAGCCGGCAGACUUUUUGGACUUUGUCGAGUUCAAUGAGGCGUUUUCGGUGGUGGGCAUUGCCAAUACGCGGCUGCUGGACUUCCCGGCCGACCGCGUCAACGUCAACGGCGGCGCCGUGGGUAUCGGCCAUCCGCUCGGGUGCUCGGGCGCCCGCAUUGUGGUGGCACUGACCACCGUGCUGACCCAGAACGACGCCCGUCGCGGUGCUGCUGCCGUGUGCAAUGGCGGCGGCGGCGCUUCGGCCCUGAUCAUCGAGCGCAUUUAA